AUGGUCGCCGCAGGCUCCAUCACAGUCGCAGUUCGCGUCCGCCCACCAACAUCAUGGGAGGCGGCACGACUUCCUCAAAUGACAUAUGACACUUGCAUCCGAGGCGAAGGCGCACUCUCUGCACCCGCAAGAACAGCUACGACUUCAGCGCCCCUUCGCGACGUCAUCCAGAUUGUCGACGACCGCGUGCUGACCUUCGAUCCCGACGAAAAGGAUCCGUCAAGAGCGUUCGUCGAACGCGGCUUUGUGCCUCCAGGAACAAAACGCUACAAAGACAGACGUUUCAUCUUCGACAGAGUCUUUGACCACCAAGCAAAUCAACAGGGUAUCUAUCGCGACACAGCCAAGCCUCUCUUGAAAAAUCUCUUAGAUGGGUUCAAUGCAACGAUAUUUGCUUAUGGUGCCACCGGCUGUGGCAAGACACACACAAUUAGCGGCACAGAUUCCGACCCCGGGAUCAUCUACCUCACAAUGGCCGAUCUCUUCCAACAAAUAGAGGAUAGACGAGAAGAGGCGAUCGUCGAUGUCACUGUGACAUUUCUCGAGAUCUACAAUGAGGAAAUCCGGGACCUCCUCGCUGAGUCGGGUACUCCUACUCCACGCGGUGGCCUUCAAAUUCGCGAGGACAAGGCUGUGAAAGUCGUUGGGCUGACUGAACUGCGUCCAAGUAAUGCGGAUGAAGUCAAACAGAUCGUAUUGCUGGGCAACUCGCGCAGGACGCAGUCGCCAACACAUGCCAAUGAGACGUCCUCGCGAUCGCAUGCCGUACUCCAGGUGCACGUCACUCAAGCCCCGCGAACUGCCAACAUUACUGAGGAGCGGACAAUGGCAACACUGUCCAUCAUCGAUUUGGCCGGUAGCGAGCGUGCUGCCGCAACAACCAACAUGGGCCAGCGUAUGGUGGAAGGCGCGAACAUCAACAAGUCGCUUCUUGCCCUCGGAAACUGUAUCAACGCGCUCUGCGAGAGUGGUGGUGCCAUUCGUCAUGUUCCGUAUCGUAACAGCAAGCUUACGCGUCUCCUCAAGUUCUCCCUUGGCGGGAACUGCAAGACGGUGAUGAUUGUCUGCAUCGCGCCCACUUCUCUCCAUUUCGACGACACGCAGAACACCCUAGUUUACGCGGAACGCGCAACACGCAUCAAAACCAAAGUCGUCACGCGUAAUGUGGUCAACGUGGAUCGCCACGUUGGACAGUACGUCGAAGCCAUCAAUCGUCUCAAUCUUGAGGUCGCCGAACUCAAGCAGAAGUUGGCCGGGAAGCGGGACUCUGAGGCGGAGAAAGAGAAGCGAAAGCGACAAGAGGCGGCUGCCGAAGCCCAAAGAGCCAAGAGCGAUAUGCAGGUGAAAGCCGAUCAAAUGCAGCCAUCCAUCGUGGACGGUGCAACAUGUGCGGGCAAGAUCGCCGUUGCGGAAGCAAAGCUCAAGGUAAUCCGUGCUCGCCUUGCGGUACUAGAUGCACAGGCGUCUUCGUCCUCGCUUUCAUCUGACUCGGAAGCGGAGCGGCAGCUGUUAAAGGCUCUGGCAGGACCCGAGGAAGAGGUGGUCAAAUCUCAGUCUCAGCUAAACGCGCGCGUGCAGCGGUCAAACAAUUCGGGUGCCAUGUUUGAAGCAACUCUCCGCGCUGUCAGCGAACGGCGGUCUGACAAGUUGGACGAAUAUGCAGUGGACAAUGUGCGGCUGGAUGCGCGAUGGCGGAAAGCUGAGAUGGAACGCGCUAAAGCUGAGGCAAGCAAAACCGCGCUGCAAGAGGCAGUGGUGAGCCAAGCGGAGACCGUCGUGAGUCUAGUAGGCAUGCUGAGCAGGUGCACGGUGAUGCUCGGCGAGGCAAGCCGUAUCCUGAGUACUGCAGCGGCCGAAGGGCGAGACGGGAUCGAGGCCACGGUCAAAGCUCUCGCCUCGUCUCUUGGGAAAGUCACGGAGAGCAAUGAUGAGACAUUCAAAGCGGUGCUCGGGCACGCCCUCGGUGCAUAUGCCGUGGGCCAGGGACCUCCAUCCCUUGAUAACUUUAAAGGGUAUUCCGCGACUCUAGGCGUUGGUCGGACAACCUCUGGACCAACUGUCUCCGACAAUUCUAGAGCGAAGGUCUCACGGCGCUCAUCGUCAUAUGGUGCCUCUGCCCCUGGCUCUCCACUACGAAAGGCACAUAAGAGUCCACGGAAGUCAUUGCGGUCAAGUUUCGCGUCGGCGUCGCUCCCGUAUAGACGUGUAUCGGACAACAAGGGAAAGAAGAAGGGAGUGCAGUGGCGCGAUGAAGCAGGGCAGGGUGAUAUCGACGAUGGUGGCCUAGGUUCGACAGGACCAGUCAUAACAGUAACCAGUCCGAACACGUCUGCGUCCUUCUCAGCAUCUGAGCUGGUCCCGAGUUCAUCUAAGCGAAGCAUGUCCACUGGAGGUUCGGAGAGUGAAUGGGAAGAUGAGAAGACGGAGGACAGUGUCAAUCUCAGCUUCGCACAAACUUCAUUCCAAGAUGUCUCUACUUCCUUCAGUGCCCCUCACGCUGUGCGCAAGAGACCCAGAGCAAGCCGCCUCGAUCCCGGUUUCUUGAGAUCGAAGUCAAGAGGCUCAACACUUGGUAGUCUCGCUGAAGACGACGAGGACGGACCAGGUUUUCAAGGCACUCCAACUAAGAGAGGAAAUCCCUUGUCAGACCGGAGCAUGAACCGGAUUCCUUCACCGGAGGGCUCGUCUAGCGGUUCCAGCACCAUCAGCACCCUGCACAUCCCCAAGGGAAAGGACCGCCAACACGGUAGUCCAACCAAGCGGGUACCAAUGACGCCAAAAACUGUCGGUAUGAGCAAGGGUGCUCGACGAAGGUCGAACAUUGGCCCUGUCCGGAGUGAUCGACCGCGGCGGAGGUCGAGUAUGAUCCCACAACUCUCGCCGGUCGAUCACGAGAGCAACGACUCUGGGAACACAUCACAGGUAUUAGGCAAGAGCAUGAGUGGAGGUGCGAGGAGAGUCCAGCUUGGAGAGCGAUCCCCCGCGAAGAGGCUAAAGAGGAUGUCACUGCUUGCAGUCUCGUCUACCAGACCCACGACAUCCGCGAAGCCAAAACUACCCGAUGGAAACACCAGCGUUGACAUCAGCUUCAGAGGGAGCGGUAGGCCUACGUGGAGGUGA